GGUACUUCAUUUCUGUUUCCUCAGCCCUUUGCUCCUCUGUGCCGCCUCCCUCCCACUGCUCGCAAUCUGGCUCACCCACCGCCACCUCCUCCCCGACAGAAGCUGGAGGCGACAUGGCCCACCACCUCACCUUCCUGUACUUUGCGUACGGCAGCAACCUGCUGAAGGAGCGGCUCCAGCUCAAGAACCCAUCUGCUCAGGUCCACUGCGUGGCCAGGCUGAAGGACCACAGGUUGGUUUUUGGGAACCACAAAGGCCUCGCCAGUGAGCGGUGGCACGGGGGUGUGGCCACCGUGGAGCACAGCCCAGGGGACGAGGUGUGGGGUGUGGUGUGGAAGAUGAGCACGUCUGACCUGGAGUCUCUGGACAGUCAGGAGAACGUGACGUUAGGUGCGUACAGCCCUGUUGAUCUAUCAGUGAAGACCAAAGAGCACGAGAUCCACUGUCGUACCUACAUAAUGAACAGCUGUGUGUACGCCCCACCAUCGCCUCAGUACCUGCAGGUGAUUAUGAUGGGAGCGGAGCAGAACGCUUUGCCGACGGACUACCAGGAGAAGCUGAGAGCUAUCAAGACCAACGCGUUUGAGGGUCCUCUACCCAUGAUGGAUGAAUUGGAGCAAGCCGGAGGGAGAAGCAAAGAGAGGGCCAACCGACGCUCCGACGCCUGAUACACAAGCAGGACCCGGGUCCACUUUGAGUACUAGAAAAGUCCACACUGCGUUCAACCUACUGCUGUAUCAAGUUCACCCCAGCUAGCUGCUUGAGGCAUUGAUGGGUCUGUGGUCUGACUCCAGUUGCCUGUACAGAGGAAUGUGAUCGUCACAUAUCACCAUAAGGAACAAUAAUACAGGUUCAUUUAUU